AUGUCUGCAGUAUCAUCUGACGAAUGCUACUCUAACGUGGAUAAUCUGGAAGAACUGCGCCAUAUCUGCGGCAAACAAGAUGCCACCAUAAGCAAAUUAAAACUACUUCUGAUUCGCAAAAACAAGACAAUAGCCUCUCUGGAGAAGGAAGUGUCUUGCUUGAAGACCACUACUCAUAUAACAAAAGAACAGGCAGGUGUAAAAACUAAUGUUGUCGAAGUGAUGAGUGGUGGUCAACAAGCCAACCUUGAGAAAAGUAAGAUAGAGGUGGAAACUCUAUCCAAAAUGGUUAACGAGUUGCAGAGAUCCAUUACUGUGAUAAAACAGGAGAGAGAUACUUUUAAGUCUGAGGUUUCGCGGCUCAUGAGCGAUCUGGUUACCGCCAAUGCUCGAACCACGGAGCUGUACGCCAUUGCCUCCAAGUUUUCGCCUUCUCCCGCCGAUUCUCAUAAUCACCCCCACAACCAACAUUCGUUUAUUCUCGCCACCCUCAAGAAUCUUGUGGAAGAUAAAGGUAAAGAAAACUCCAGUUCACCUAUGCUUACUGUACUUCAAAGUAUUCAACGUGAGGUGGGUCGAUUGCAGGGCAUCAAUGGAGCUGAUCGCCUAGUUGUCAGCAGUACGGAAGAGCUACAAAUUCUAUUAGAGCAAUUUUCCACAUACCUCAGGCAUUGUUCGCCAGAUCAAUUGCGGCUAUCAUUGCGCGUCCACAAAGACAAGAUUAAGUCCCAUCUAACGAACAUUUCACACUCCCGCGAUGAAGUAAAGUUAUUACUUAAGGAAUUCACACAGACUUUCAAUUCAUCAUCCCAGCUACUUCUGUCAACCAUUAAUAACUUUAGAUCUUGCCCAUUACGGUUUAUAAAGGCGGAUCAACUUCAUAGGGAAUUCUCGGUUCUGAAAGGUGAAUUAGGUUUUAUGAAAGAUGCUAUUGUCCUACAAAUGUCAUCAUUUGUUGAAAGCACUUCCUUGCUAAGGAAUCAGAUCACAUCCACUUUUGGUGGUGAAUCAGUGCCUGUGCGGGUUCAUCACUCUUCUGCAGUAAAUGCGACUUUGAACAGCUCCAAAAUCGAAUCAGCCCUUUCUGUGGUCUCUUUUCUGCGGAACGAUUUGUCUGAAGCCAAGACAGCAGUAUGUCAGUGGUUGACCUCGCUUCAGGUUCAAAUUCACGAUGUUAAGCUCCUCCAGGAAAAGCUCCUGUCUAAAAUUACUCAUCAGUCAUCACCACCGCCACCAUACAGCGAAUGCAUCAGCCCUCUCAACUCAACUACUUUGGAAGCUCUCCUUACUGACAUUUGGCAACUUAAAGACUCGCUUUCAGGUGUGAAGUGCUCCCUCACAGAAGGCAUUUUGAACCUUAAAAACCAGGCAAAGGGCGUUGAACUGAUGCGCCGCAAAUUGAUGCGUCAGCUUUAUUGCAAAUUCACCAAUUUACAAAGUGACGUAACUGACAUCCGUAGGGAAAUGCACCAACUUGUCUCCUUGAAUCAUCAAUUCGCCGCCAUCUCUAUCUGCGUCCACUCCAUUGAAAAAACUCGACUUAAAAGCUUUGACGGAAUACAGCGUCAGCACUUUGAAGAUUACGACCGUCUAGUACGUGAUAAGGAAUCUGAGGUUGACCAAUUGAGGGAAUCUUAUGACCGUCUCUCUGACGAAUGCAUUAGAUUUAAUGCGAUGCGGGAGGCUCUGCGACAGCUAAUUUUCGCAUCAACUACUUCUUCCAAGUGUCUUGGUGAGCUCAGUGACGAAGAUGUUUCUCUAAUUACUAAUCUUUCCAAUCGCCUGAAUUGCUCGCAAGCAACGCAGCUAGAAUUGGUUGAGCAAACACAGGCUAUCGCCUCCCUUCAGUCCGAUUUGGCCGCCAAGACGAUUGCGCUGAAUGAAGCAAUUGCGCGCACGACUGAAGCCGAGAAGAAAGCUGCAGAGUCAGCAGCGGAGACAUCUGGACUGCUGGAGAAGCUGAACUUAGUGAAACGAUUGCUAGUGCGUGUACGAAGAGAUGCCUCAGAGACGGAGAAACGUGCGGUGCGGGUGGCAGAAAUGGAGGCGAAGGUAACGGAUCUGACAUUGGCGUUGGACGAGUCGCAGCGUAAUGGAGAAGCGGUACAGGCGAAGCUGACGGAAGUGAUGGAGGAGCGGGAGAGAUUGGUGGGGAAGGUCGCUUUAUUGCAGAAGCAAUAUGAUUCCUACAAAGUUAAGGCCCUCCUUGCGUUGCGUAAUGGAAAGGAUCACCCACAGAAUGGUAACAGUGGUAGCGAUAGUAGCACCAGUACUGGAACUGAAGGAAUCGGGAGUGGUAGUUUCGGUACCCCACUGUCGUGGCGCUAUGAGUGCUCCAGCCUGGCGCAGGCCGAAGUUGCGCGACUUAAGGAAAGGGUACGAGAAUUGGAAGCUUCAUUGGGGCAAACAACGGCUAGGCUCAACUCUGCAUCAAUUGAUCUCGAAGCGGCCAACUUCGCGCUAGCAGAGGAGAAGGAAAAAUGCAGUUGCAUGAUCCACAACUUGGAGUCAGAACACGCACAAUGGCGUAAGGAGCGAGAGGAGUCGAAUGCUCGGCAUCGCAGCGAAGCAGCCGCUCGAGUGGCCGAACUGACGACAGCAUUGGAUGAGGCACGACAGGAAGGCAUUCGAGCUCUCUCCGCUCAAGCUGAGGAGUUUAACACUGCUUUUAGCGCUAAAAUUACGGAGCUGCAGAUCCAGCUGGAUGCCGCGGAGGCGAAAGUAGAGUCGCAACGCCUGGAACUGUUGGAACAGAGGAAGAUGACUCAACUCGCCGCCCAACCGUUGGAUUCUCAGGCGUCGCGGGAGCUCCUCUGUUCUCGCUGUGGUCAACGUUUUAGUAACCUCACUGGGACCGAUACUGGCAGCGAUAAUAACACUUUACCUAGAGCACACCGAAUUCGGCCUCUAGAAGAGGCUCUUUUUGAAGACGAGGAGACGGACAUGGCAGAUAUUCAGGAGGUAGAAAGGCAGACUUCUGAGAUGCGAAAGACAAUUCAGAGCCUUCGAUCGCAAUUGCUCAAUGAACGGCGCAAUCUGGAAUACACGAAGAGCCUGCUAGUGGACAGUGAGGCAACGGUUGAACGUCUCAGUACCCAGGCCACGAUUUUAAAAGCGGAAAUUCGUCGUCAAGACCGCAAUGCAGAGCGCGAGCGACAUUUGAGCGACCAAAACACUGCCAGCGAUCAUGCUUCGGAUGAUCAAAACGCUGUACCAAUUGGUGUAACACGUGCCGAAUACCUAAAGAACGUGUUGCUUCGCUUCCUCUCCAUUGACCCGUCUCUUGGUGGUGGUGGCGUCAACAGCGCAUCUGAGCGAAAUGCUCUUGUUCCAGUGCUCACCACGCUGCUGGCCCUUAGUCCGACUGAACGUGCUGCGCUGCAACAGGUGGCAGAUAGCGGUACACUUCGCACCUCCACCGUUACUUCCGGGGGUGUUGUUCUUGGAGAAGAAGGUUCUUCGUGGAGCAGUCUUCUACCUUCGUGGCUUGGUGGAUGA